AUGUCGGGCUUCGAGGUGGCAGGAAUUGUGCUUUCCGUCCUCCCAGUCUUCAUUGAGACCUACAAAGCAUGUGGCGACCAGACCACGGCCCUCCAGAAGGCAGUGACGCCAUCCGCGAGAGACAAGGGUUUGCAAGAGUUCUACGAAGAGUUUUAUUGGGACACAUAUGAGCUGCGCAAGAAAAUUGAGAAGGUCGUGCUGAUGCUUCCUGACCUGUCCGACGAGCGGAAGCAGGAGAUCAUCGAGAGCAGGGACCUGGACAACUGGGACCAGGCUCAGGAUGUCGCAGCCGCACUUCAAGACUUCUUAAGUGAAGACGAUUAUGAAGCCUUCCAGAUGGUCGUGGGUAAAGUGCUGGAGCUACUUGCGCGUCUUAUCAAGGACGAGACGGUCCAUUUAUCGAAGUCAGAGACUGACCACCGGAAAAUGCUGCAAAAACUCAAAAAUCUGAAACAAGACAUUUCGGCCAACAAAACGUCCAGCAGCCUCUGGGAACGAUUCAAGUUCCUCAGAGAGAGACAUCGCGGGACGUAUCAAAAGAAUCUCGGAAAGUGGAACAAGAGGUUAGGUAGGGUCAUCGAUUCCGCGGGUCAAGCAGCGGAUAAGCAGAAGGCGGUCGUAUUGCAACACAAGGCAAAGUUACCAUCGUCUCACCUGCGCACCCUCUCCAAGAGACUCUUCGAUGCGCUCUGGAGGCGUUGGUCAUGCGAUUGCGAGGCUCCCCACGAGGCGAGGUUCUGCAUCGCCACUUGUGGCAGAAACGGGAACAAUAAUCUCAGCAAGACGAGCACCAACUUCGAUUUUCUCUUCUCGCAUCACCAGUCGAGAUGGUUUGAGGGCAGUGUGGUAAUCGAGUCUACCAACCUCACAACAUCACAUGACCGCGCCGAGCUUCAGAAGAUCUGCGACGCUAUCACAUCAAGAAUAAACAAUGCUAGUUACUGCAUGCAACUGCUCAUCGAAGAUUCAGAGCCGUCUCAACGGCUAUGGCGGCUCAACAUGCGAGAAGCCCAACUCCAAUAUCCAGAAGCAGUCCCUCCCAUUUCCUUCGAGACUCUGCUGAGUCAGCCUAUGCCAUCACUGAUCGAAAGGAGACGACUAGCACUCACUUUUGCCUACUCGCUGAUGCAGCUCCACGAGAGCCCCUGGCUGAGUGGCCAGUGGGACAAGAAGCGGGUGCACUUCUUUCGCAUGGCGUCUGGGGCCCCCGACCUGGAAAGGCCCUUUCUCAGCGCGUCUUUCGACCAGUUUCCCCGGGGGCCAGAACCGGUUGAUCUACGCCGUUUUCAUAGGAACUCGGGCAUCCUGAGGCUUGGUAUACUCCUGAUAGAGAUUCAUAACUGGAAACCUCUCGAGACUUGCCGAGACGACAGCGACCUGAUAGAUGGCGAGCCCACUCCGAACACCGACAUGGAGGUCGCGAGACGGGUGUUGAAGACACUCAAAGGUUAUUGCUUCGAAACCUACACGAGCGCAGUCGAGUCAUGCCUGAGUAUGCCGUGGGUCUCAUCUGUCUCUAGGGUGAGCCUGGAUGAUCCUGAGACGUGGUCUGGCAUGUAUCGUGACAUUGUUCAACCUCUGGAAAAGGAGGUUGAUCUGGGGAGCUUCAAGUUAGUGGCAUAG